AUGGUUUAUGUGCCCGACGCCCCGAAGUUCCUGCUCCCGUUGCCACAGGGAGCCGGGGGAGCGUGGCGCGCCGCUGCCGGUGCCCUGCAGCCACACAAACACGUUGCUCCCGGCGGAACCGGAGCUUCUGGGAAAGACAUUUCGGAAGUUUCCUGUGGCUGCAACAAAUUGUUCGGGUCUGCACCGCAGCACUUCUGUGACCCGCUUUUCUCCGUCUUAGGGCAGCCCGUUCCCGAAACUGGAAGCUGCCCAGCACUACCCCCCAGCCCCCCUGCUGGUGUGUCCUGCCCCGGGCAGGGGGUGGAGCUUCCUUCCCUAGCGGGCAAGAAGGUGGGAGGCAGUGAUCUGCUCUGGGAUCUGGUUAGAUCUGCAUCUGCAGGCAGAAGAAGGCUGGGGGACAGAGAGAACUUUCACCUGAAGAUUCUAGGGGCCUCAAUUUUGAAAUGUUACAUGAUACACUAG